CCCUAAGCGAGAAUCAUACCACUAGACCAAAUGCCCUUGUGAUGAUACCUUUAAGGUCUGUUAUUUUAUCUAACUACUGGAAUUUUUACUGGCCAAAUUUCCCUCCAAAAAACGCGCCACCCGACCCAUCUGCCUGUUUUUCUCUCUCUCUCCAGCUCCACUUCCGCAAAAGCCUGUGGUUUCUCACUCCACUAGCUCCCUUCCCGCGGCGGCAAUUGUUCUUCUUCUGGACUGAAAUCGCGGCGCUACUCUUCUUCCUCUCCGUUCUUCCUUGUAGAGUUGCUGAUUGUAUUCUAUUCAAUUUCGAGGCGAACUGAGGGGGUUAAAAGAAAUGGUUUCCAUUGGCGAUGACGGCGGAGGUGCGGUCCGACCAGCGGAUGACUAUUCGAGCGCCGAUUUCCCCGCCGGUGAUACUCAGCCUUUGGAUUCUCAACGCUUUCCGCCUUCCUCGCCAGGCAAAAAAGGUGGCUAUGAUGAUGACGAUGACAAUGACUUGUAUACGGAGACAAGAAAGGUUUCGUUUGAUGAUACUGUUCCAGUUGAAGAUGUUUUCGAGACCCAAGUUGUAAACUACGGGGGUGAAACACAAGUAUUGGAUGACGAUGAUCUAGAUUUCCUUGGGAGUACAAGCACUCAGAGGAUUGAUGAGUGCAGUGAUCAAGUGUCUCUCGAUAGCGACGGUGAAGGUACUGACACAACUGAAGUUCUAGAAAGUAAUGAUGAGCUCUCUGAUGAUGAAUUUGGGAGAGGAGGAAAGCUUGAAGAAUUGAUGGGGGAGAAGUGUGUGAAUCAAGCAAAUGCUUUGUGCAACCAGAAGCCCAGUUCAGAAUCUGUCCCACUUUCCUCUGAGCAUAUAGCUUCUGGAAAUAACAUUUUGAGAAUAAGUGGUUGUAAUGAAACGAUUUGGGAAUCUAAGACAGGACAAAACAUUUCCCAAGAGAAGGAACUGGAGAAUGGAACCAAGUCCAAGGUUGAUUCAUCUAUAGUGAGAAGACUGUUCUCUACUGAUUCCGUUGCUAAAGAUGGUGAUAUCUGUCAUCCUAGUAGCAUCCCCGGUGGAGUAGAAGAAAUUGCACGGUCCACUAUUGAUGAUGAGUUUUCAAGAUUAAGUUAUAUAGACUCACAAGAACCGGGCGAUGCAUCACAAGCUGAUGCACUCGCAGUUGUCGAAAGGUUAAUUGAGGAGACCAAAUCCUCAUUCGAUUUUGAGGUUAAUCUGGGAAACACUUGUGGGAGAAUAUCCGAUUGUGUAUCAGCUGCCAAAGGCCCACAAAGUUUGGCCCAGAAAACCCUCAAAAGAAGCAUUCAAGUAGAAGCUGGGAUCUUUGACUGGGAUGACGGGCUGGAAGAUGAGGGAGGUGGAGAUAUUUUCAUUAGAAGAAAAGACGAUUUCCUUGGUGUCAGGUCGUUGUCAACUAACCCCAAGGGCAGAUUAAACCCACAGAAGGGAAAUCGAGGGAAUUUUGAAGUUGAGAAUAAGGUGACUACUGUACAGUCUGAUUCCAAAUUAGUAGUUCAGAAGUUCAAGGUACCCGAAAGUAAAACUAGGAGAAUUCCGAAGAACACCAGAAAAGAUCUUCUGAAUGAGUUUCAUGACCAGGCUAAUAGGAAGAAACCAACCGGACCUCCUGAAGACAUCGCUUUUGAUCCAGAAUUUCCCGAUGUUGGAUUGGGAACCCAAUUAGCUGCUGAGGCCAUGGAGGAAUUGCUGAACGGGGACCCAGUUCCGGACUUUGAUGGUAAUGAUGCCAAGGAAAAUCAUUCUGUGCAACAGUCUCCAAUAAGAAUAGCUAAAAGGCUGGUUUCUUCAAAACGACGUGCUUCUUGUGACACCUCUGAGAUUCGAGUUGACACAAGACAGUCAAAGAAACGAAAGACCCAGUCAAAAGUUGCUGAUGCCAUGGAAUCCAAGGAAGAACAAGGUUCUCCAAUAAGAAAAGCUAAAAGGAUAGUGUCUUCAAAGAAAUGUGCUCCUAAAGACCAUUAUGACAUUGGAGUUCGCACAAGGCAGUCAAAGAAAAGGAAGACCCAGUUAGCUGGUGAUACUCCAGAGACUCUUGAUGUAGGAUUAGAUACCCAGUUAGCUGCUGAUGCCAUGGAAGCGUUACUAAAUGGGGAUCCUAUCUCUGACUGUGAUGGUAAGGAUGGCAAGGAAGAACACUCUCUUCAACAUUCCCCUAUUAGAAAAGCUGAAAGGAGAGCUUCUUCAAAACAAUUUGCUUCUGAUGACAAUUCUGAUAUUGGAGUCGACACAAGGAAGUCAAAUAUAAGAAAGAAGAACAAUGCUAAGAAGGUUAACUUGGAGUGUGAUGCAGGUCCAGUAAUGAUGACUAGAAGGAGAGUGAAAUCUCAUGCUGCGGAAGGUUCAAGUUCUUGUGGCCAGAAAACCAUGGAAAAGCUUCCCUCUAGGACUAGAGCGCCCGAAAGCAAAGGGGCUGCUUUAAGGAGAGGUCGGUCAGCUAAAAAUUAUCACUCACCUGAGGAGCAUGCUGAUCAUACUACAAUAGCCCAUCAGUCUAGUAAAUCCAAUUUGGUCUCUUUGUUGGAAACUGCUGAUAGUAGACAUGCUGAUGUCAGUGAAGACAAGGAUGGUGCAUGGGAAGAAGUGUGUGGCCAUGAACAGACUCCUGCUGAAGCCUUGAACUCUGGCGGGAAAACUUCAGAACUGACUUCCAGCAAACCAACAAAACCAAACCGUCUCCAAUCAAAGUUGACAGCAUUGACUCAUGAUAUCAGUUUUCCCAGAAAACGAAGAUCAGAAAGGAACUUCUUAGAGCAGCCCAAAGGCAAGGAGUCAAAUGAUGAAGCUAGGGCAAAGUUUGCUAAAUCAAGUGAUGGUGAUACUGAUAGUACUCUGUUGGCUGAGAAAGAAGUGAAUGUAGUAACGCCUGACAAGUUAUUGAGGGGAAUAGUAAGCCCGCCUUCGGUUUCAGCUGCUGCUUCACCAUUAGGCUCGCUGACCACUACUAAUACAACUACUACAAAUGCUGCAUCACCUAUUUGUAUGGGAAAUGGAUUGUCCAAGAAGAAACUGGAUACAUCUUCAAUGAAGAGGGAAAUCAAUAGCUUAUUCUCCAUGGACCCAGAACCUAUUUCUGAAGAAAAAGGUUCGAGAAAGAGGAGAGAUUUGGCUGAUAUCCGAGUCCUUUUCAGUCACCACCUUAAUGAGAAUGUCAUCAAGCGUCAGAAAAAGAUUGUGGAUCGUUUAAAAGUUCCAAUCGCCUCAUCUAUUCUCGAUGCAACACACUUUGUUACGGAUAGGUUUGUUCGCACGAGGAAUAUGUUGGAAUCCAUUGCUGCUGGGAAACCAGUGGUGACACCCUUGUGGCUUGAGCAUAUCGGACGAGCCAAAUGCUACAUUGAUGAGCAGAAGUACAUAAUGAAGGAUGUCAAAAAGGAAAAGGAGAUAGGGUUCAACAUGGCGGCGUCACUAGAACAUGCACGUCAGCAUCAACUCCUCCAGGGCCGAAAAGUUUUGAUCACCCAAAAUGCCAAGCCCAGUCAAGAGAUUGUAUCUUCCCUGGUUAAAGCAGCUCAUGGUCAACCGAUCGAGAGAGUUGGAAGAUCUGCUCUGAAGGACGACACACUCAUCGAUGACCUGUUGGUUCUAUCUUGUGACGAAGAUUACGAAGUCUGCAUUCCUUUCCUUGAGAGAGGGGCUGCUGUCUACGGUUCAGAGCUGCUCCUGAAUGGAAUCGUUACGAGGAAACUAGAAUACGACAGGCAUAGGCUCUUUUUGGAUCAUGUGAAGAGAACCCGAUCUACUAUAUGGGUUAAAAAAGAUGGCCAUAGUUUCACUCCUGUUGUGAAGAACAAGUAAAUCCAAGGUCUCUCUAUCUCUCUCUCUCAUCUUUUCUUCUUCCUUUUCUUCCUCUUACUUUCCCUGUGUUGGAGCUUGUAAUUCCUGUUUCUGUUCGUGUCCUACUGUAAAUUUUGGUGGAUUCUCUGAUCCUUAGUAAAAUGCAAUAAAGGUGCCCAUUUUCCCCAAAGAAAAAAAAAAAAAAACAGUGAUAUCGGUAUUUGUUUCUCAUGGUUCCACCUUUGUUAGUUGUUACUGAAUUUUGGACUAAUAUGCUAACGUGAUAGUUGGAUUAUUACAUAUUUUGCCACGAAAAUCAAGUGAAAAUCAAGAGAAUGACUAUAUCUAUUAAGUACCUGUCCUAAUGUCCGAUAACCCGUUUUCGGAAGUAAUCGCAUGAUCUUUUUUAAUAUGGAGACUUCAAACACCAAAUCUUUUUGUCUGGAAUGAAUGGCAACAAGAUGU